AUGGAUGUGUAUAUUUUACCACACCGACACUCUCCUUUUCGCUCACACCACCCGUUUUUCCUCACUAAUUUCUGUGUGAACUAUGUGCUUCUCUCCACACUCAGGGUCAGAAGUCGAAAUAAUAGGAAGAAAAAACCUCCGCAACACCUUCUUUUCCAGCACCUUUGUCUUGUAACAAUACGAGCAACCCUCCCGACUGAAGUGACGGAGAGGGACUUCGUGCUCCCUACACGCUUCUUGGCGUUGCAUGAACAUACGGCCACGGAAAAAAGCGCACUCGCACAGUAUUAUUUGUUCCUUUCGCUCGGCAAACCCGUUCAUUUAACGCGGUGA